GGGGCGGGCGAUGGGUCCCUCCGCGGCGGCGGCGGGGGGAGGAUGGCGGCCUCGUCGAUGCCGGAGCCGGGCGGGACGGCGGCGGCGGGAGCGUCGGCGUGAAGCCCCCAGACUCUGCUCCCCCCCGCCAGGCGGCCCCCCGCGCCCAUGGAGGAGAGCGAGGUGGUGGAGAGCAGCAGCGACGCGGGGCCGGCCCCGGCGCCGUCCUCCGAGAGCGGCCUGGGCGUGGGCACCUCCGAGGCCGUGUCCGCCGACAGCAGCGACGCGGCCAGCGCGCCCGGCCCGGCCGAGGCCGACGAUUCCCGCGUGGGCCAGAGCUCGGACCGCGGCCGCAGCAGCCCCCCGGUGACCGAGAGCAGCUCGAGCACGGACCCCCUGCCCCAAGGCUACCUCCCCGACUCGUCCUCUGUGUCCCGGGGGCCAGAGGCCGGGGUGACCGCUGGUGCCCCCGCCCUGGUGCACUCCAGCGCCCUUCCUGACCCCAGCAUGCUGGUGGCCGACUGCACGGCUUCAUCCUCGGACUUGGGCUCGGCCAUCGACAAGAUCAUCGAGUCCACCAUCGGGCCUGACCUCAUCCAGAGCUGCAUCACCGUGACCAGUGCCGAGGAUGGUGGGGCAGAGACCACGCGCUACCUCAUCCUGCAGGGCCCCGACGACGGGGCGCCCAUGGCCUCGCCCAUGUCCAGCUCCACCCUGGCUCACAGCCUGGCCACCAUCGAGGCCCUCGCCGACGGCCCCACCUCCACGUGUCUGGAGCCCCCCGAGGAGGCGCGGGCCGGGCCAGGCUCCCCCACUCAGCUGCCGCUGGGCGCCGAGGAGCCGGACCUGCAGAGCCUGGAGGCCAUGAUGGAGGUGGUGGUGGUGCAGCAGUUCAAGUGCAAGACGUGCCAGUACCGCAGCGGCACCAAGGCCACGCUGCUGCGCCACAUGCGGGAGCGACACUUCCGGCCCGCGGCGGCGGCAACGGCAGCAGCGGCGGUGGCUGGCAAGAAGGGGCGUGUGCGCAAGUGGGGCCCCUCGGCCAAAGCCCAGGAGGAGGAGGGCCCGGAGGAGGAGGAGGAGGACGACAUCGUGGACGCCGGUGCCAUCGAUGACCUGGAAGAGGACAGUGACUACAACCCGGCCGAGGACGAGCCCCGCAGCCGGCAGCUGCGGCCUCCGCGCCCCGCCCCCAGCACGGCGAGACCCCGGAGGAGGCCCGGCCGCCCCCGGAAGCUGCCCCGGCUGGACCCCGCGGACCUCCCGCAAGGUGCCGGGGAGGAGCCUCUCGUGAGUUCCCAGAGCACACAGCCCCCUCCGGAGCCCCAGGAUCCCGAAGCGCCCAGUUCAUCUGCCCCAGGACAGCUGACGGCGCCGAGCCCAGCCGCGCGGGCCCCCGCGGAACCUGGCGUGAGCCAGUCGGAGGCCAAUGGCGCUGCCCCGGCCGGCCAGGAGGAGGCCGACAUGCCACCCCGCAGGCGCGGGCGGCCGUCCCGCCGCUUCCUGGGCAAGAAAUACCGCAAGUACUACUACAAGUCCCCCAAGCCCCUGCUGAGACCCUUCCUCUGCCGCAUCUGCGGCUCCCGCUUCCUGUCCCACGAGGACCUGCGCUUCCAUGUCAGCUCCCACGAGCCCGGCGACCCGCAGCUCUUCAAGUGCCUGCAGUGCAGCUACCGCUCCCGCCGCUGGUCUUCGCUAAAGGAGCACAUGUUCAACCACGUGGGCAGCAAGCCGUACAAGUGUGAUGAGUGCAGCUACACCAGUGUGUACCGGAAGGACGUCAUCCGUCACGCCGCCGUGCACAGCCGGGACCGGAAGAAGAGACCAGAUCCCAGCCCCAAGCUGAGCUCCUUCCCCUGCCCCGUGUGCGGCCGCGUGUACCCCAUGCAGAAGAGGCUCACGCAGCACAUGAAGACGCACAGCACCGAGAAGCCCCACAUGUGUGACAAGUGUGGAAAGUCCUUUAAGAAGCGCUACACCUUCAAGAUGCACCUGCUCACACACAUCCAGGCGGUGGCCAACCGCAGGUUCAAGUGUGAGUUCUGCGAGUUUGUCUGCGAGGACAAGAAGGCGCUGCUGAACCACCAGCUGUCCCACGUCAGCGACAAGCCCUUCAAGUGCAGCUUCUGCCCCUACCGCACCUUCCGGGAGGACUUCCUGCUUUCCCACGUGGCCGUGAAGCACACAGGUGCCAAGCCCUUCGCCUGCGAGUACUGCCACUUCAGCACCCGCCACAAGAAGAACUUGCGUCUGCACGUGCGCUGCCGACAUGCCAGCAGCUUUGAGGAGUGGGGGCGGCGCCACCCCGAGGAGCCCCCCUCCCGCCGGCGCCCCUUCUUCUCUCUGCAGCAGAUCGAGGAACUGAAGCAGCAGCACAGCACGGCCCCCGGGCCACCCCCCAGCUCCCUGGCGCCGCCCGAGGACCCCCCCGAGGCAACUCCUUUCCAGUCAGCGGAGACGCCCCAGCUGCUGUGCUCGGACCCCCUGGGGGGCGCCACCGUCAUCUACCAGCAAGGCGCUGAGGAGUCCACCGCAAUGGCCACACAGACAGCCCUGGACCUGCUGCUGAACAUGAGCGCCCAGCGGGAGCUGGCGGGCGCCGCCCUGCAGGUGGCCGUGGUGAAGUCGGAGGAUGUGGGUGCAGAGUUGGCCCCCGCGGGCCGACAGCCGUCCUCAGUGGGAGCUGCCCCACAAGUGGUGACGCUGCACGUGGCAGAGCCGGGGGGCAGUGUGACCGCUGAGAGCCCGCUGGGGGCCCCAGACCUGCAGCAGAUCACCCUGGCCCCGGGGGCGUUUGGCGGGACUGGCUACAGCGUCAUCACGGCCCCCCCCAUGGAGGAGGGGACUUCCGCUCCCGGCACCCCCUACAGUGAGGAGCCCCCCGGGGAGGCAGCCCAGGCUGUGGUGGUGAGCGAGCCCCUGAAGGAUGGUGGCACCCACUACAUCAUGACGACCGAUGGGACCCAGCUGCACCACAUAGAGCUGACUCCGGACGGCUCCAUCUCCUUCCCGAGCCCGGACGUCCUGACCUCCGGAGCCAAGUGGCCCCUGCUACAGCCUGCGGGGCUGCCCAGAGAUAGCACUGAGCCCCCGUCUCCAUCCCGGACCCCCCGGGUGGCGGACCCCCAGGCCUCUGCUUCCCCCCCUCCUGCAGCCAGUCGAACCGUGGGCCUGGCGGUGCCCCCCUCGCCCCCGACGGCAGCCUCCUCCAAGAAGUUUUCCUGCAAGAUCUGUGCCGAGGCCUUUGCGGGCCGGGCGGAGAUGGAGAGUCACAAACGGGCCCACGCUGGGCCUAGUGCCUUCAAGUGCCCCGACUGCCCCUUCAGUGCCUGCCAGUGGCCAGAGGUCCGGGCGCACAUGGCCCAGCACUCCAGCCUGCGGCCGCACCAGUGCAGCCAGUGCAGCUUCGCGUCCAAGAACAAGAAGGACCUGCGGCGGCACGUGCUGACCCACACCAACGAGAAGCCUUUCGCCUGCCACCUCUGCGGGCAGCGCUUCAACCGCAACGGGCACCUCAAGUUCCACAUCCAGCGGCUGCACAGCCCCGACGGGCGGAAGACGGGGACCCCUACGUCCCGGGCCCCCGCCCGGACCCCCACCCAGACCAUCAUCCUCAACAGCGACGACGAGACCCUGGCCACUCUCCACACCGCCCUCCAGUCCGGUCACGGGGUGCUGGGCCCGGACCGGCUCCAGCAGGCCUUGGGCCAGGAACACAUCAUCGUGGCCCAGGAGCAGACGGUGACCAAUCAGGAAGAAGCGACCUACAUCCAGGAAAUCACGGCCGACGGCCAGACCGUGCAGCACCUGGUGACUUCUGACAACCAGGUGCAGUACAUCAUCUCCCAGGACGGAGUCCAGCACCUGCUCCCCCAGGAAUACGUCGUGGUCCCCGAGGGCCAUCACAUCCAGGUCCAGGAGGGCCGGAUCACGCACAUCCAGUACGAACAAGGAACCCCGUUUCUGCAGGAGUCCCAGAUCCAGUAUGUGCCCGUGUCACCAGGCCAGCAGCUCGUCACUCAGGCCCAGCUGGAGGCCGCCGCGCACUCGGCCGUCACAGCAGUGGCCGAUGCUGCCAUGGCCCAGGCCCAGGGCCUGUUUGGCACCGAGGAGACAGUGCCCGAACACAUCCAGCAGCUGCAGCACCAGGGCAUCGAGUACGACGUCAUCACCCUGACUGAUGACUGAGCCCAGGCCCAGCCAGCACACACCGUGGAACCAGGCUCGGCCCUGAGCCGGGGAGGCCCCCGGGACAGCUCCCUCGUACCCCGGGGGCUCCGGGCUCAGGCCAGCCGAGACCCUCCCGCUCGAGGAGCUGGUCCCGCUCCACCGGGUCCAGGGGCCGGUGGCAGGCUUCUGCGCCCAGACGUGCUGGGGGCCCCAGCCUGCAGGCGGGCUUUGGGAGAGAAAUUUAUUUUUGUUUGGAUGGACCCUCAGUCUCUAUAAUAAAGGGCCUGGAGUCCA